GCCCCGGCCUCCCAACACCCUCCGCUGCCGACCCUCCCUCCGCCACCACGUGUCCCCGCCGCUCCCGGGGGGCAGCGCGCCGCUGACAGCGGGGUCCGGGCCUGGGCGCGCCCCGCGCCCCCCGGGUGAGAUGGAGCCGGCAGCCCACCCCUUCCAGCUGGCGCUGAAGGAAGAGGAAGAAUCCACAGUUGAGAAUCUGGAACUGCAGGACGCCCCCGCAGACACGCAGAAAGUCCGCAUCUGCUCCCAGGGCGGCUGGGUGCCCGCCCUGUUCGAUGAGGUGGCCAUCUACUUCUCCGACGAGGAGUGGGCAGUUCUGACGGAGCCGCAGAGGGCCCUUUACCGAGAAGUCAUGAGGAUGAAUUACGAGACCGUCCUGUCUCUGGAGUUUCCGUUCCCUAAGCCUGACAUCAUCACCCAGCUGGAGGAGAAGACGUGCCAGAGCUCGGACGAGUGGUACCCCCAGAGAGAAGCCUUGGCAGAAAACGAAGAACCCGCCGUGAAGCCCCCGGACUGGGCAGCCUCCCCGCACCUGCCCCUGCCACCGCCCUUGGACGGGUUCGGCCUCCGCCUGCCCCAGGACCUCCCGGAGCUGCGCGAGUGGGGCGCCGGCUACCCCUUCUACAUGGCCAUGGGCUUCCCGGGCUACGAGCUGGCGGCGGAGGAGCUGGCGGGCAAGUUCCGCAGCAUCCGGCGCAGCUACGACGCGGGCUUCAAGCUGAUGGUGGUGGAGUACGCCGAGGGCGCCAACAACUGCCAGGCGGCCAAGCAGUUCGGCGUCCUGGAGAAGAACGUGCGGGACUGGCGCAAGGUCAAGCCUCAGCUGCAGAAGGCCCACGCCAUGCGGCGCGCCUUCCGGGGCCCCAAGAACGGCCGCUUCGCCCUGGUGGACCAGCGCGUGGCCGAGUACGUGCGCGCCAUGCAGGCCAAGGGCGACCCCAUCACGCGCGAGGCCAUGCAGCUGAAGGCGCUGGAGAUCGCGCAGGAGAUGAACAUCCCCGAGAAGGGGUUCAAGGCCAGCCUGGGCUGGUGCCGCCGCAUGAUGCGCCGCUACGACCUGUCGCUGCGGCACAAGGUGCCCGCACCGCAGCAGCUGCCCGAGGACCUCACGGAGAAGCUGGCCGCCUACCAGCGCAGCGUCCUGGGCCUGCGCCGGCGGCACGACUACGCCGUGGCGCAGAUGGGCAACGCCGACGAGACGCCCAUCUGCCUGGAGGUGCCGUCGCGCGUGGCUGUGGACAACCGGGGCGAGAAGCCGGUGCUGGUGAAGACGCCGGGGAGGGAGAAGCUGAAGGUCACAGCCAUGCUCGGGGUGCUGGCGGACGGCAGGAAGCUGCCCCCCUAUGUCAUCCUGCGCGGCACCUACAUCCCACCCGGGAAGUUCCCCAGCGGCAUGGAGAUCCGGUGUCACCGCUACGGCUGGAUGACGGAGGAGCUGAUGCGGGACUGGCUGGAUGUGGUGUGGCGGCGUCGCGGGGGCGGCGGGGGGGGGAAGCUGCCCCAGCAGCGGGGGCUCCUCAUCCUCAACGGCUUCCGGGGCCACGCCACGGACUCGGUGAAGGGCGCCAUGGAGAGCCUGGACACUGACAUGGUCAUCAUCCCCGGGGGCCUGACGUCGCAGCUGCAGGUGCUGGACGUGGUGGUCUACAAGCCGCUCAACGACAGCGUGCGCGCGCAGUACGCCGACUGGCUGCUGGCCGGCAACCUGGCGCUCAGCCCCACGGGCAACGCCAAGAAGCCCCCUCUGGGGCUCUUCCUGGAGUGGGUCAUGGUGGCCUGGGACAGCAUCUCCAGCGAGGCCAUCGUACAGGGCUUCCGGAAGUGCCACAUCUCCAGCAGCCUGGAGGACGAGGACGAUGUCCUCUGGGAGAUCGAGGGCGACGUGCCGGCUGGAGGGGACCUGCCCCGGGAGUGUGACCCCGAGAGUCGCUGAGGGCGGCCCCAGGGCGGCCAGCAGGCGGGGCCGGACCUCCCAUCACCUCACGAGACUCUUUCACUGGGGGGAUGUUUGGGCCAUGCCCGCCCGCCCGCCCGCCCGGCGGUGCUCGGGGCUGACUCCUGGUUCUGUGCUCAGGAAUCACUCCUGGCGGUGCUCGGGGGACCCCUCGGGGACGCCGGGGAUCGAGCCGGGGUUGGCCGCAUGCCAGGGAAGCGCCCUCCCCGCUGCCCCUGUCGCUCUGGCCCUCAUAUUUUUGGAAAUCUCAUGGAUUUGGCUUGAUUCGGCUUUGAGCGUGACCUCCGGGCUCAGGGGUCACUCCCGCGGGGCCAGGUGUCGCUCCCGGCGGGGCCAGGGGGCGUCCAAGCUGCCUGCAGACCCCGAGCGACUGGCUGGGCCGUGGAUCGGGGCUGGUUUUUCUCCGAGAAGGCUUCUGGUUUGGGAAUUCCCACCUGGGCGCUCUGAGUUCCGACAGGUGUGGAAGGUCCCCGAGGGGAUGCAGGGGACAGUGGUGGCAGGACGAGGCUGGACAGAGCCUGUAUCGGGACGAUCCCGGGACGGAGCACAGCUGUCGCCGUCCCCCGGGUGUCUGUCAAGUCUCCCUCUGGGGGUCGGGAUGCCGGGGGAAGCCGCUCCCACCCCGUUGCUUGUCGGUGAAAUUCCUCCUGCGCUCCGGAGACGUGGACAUGGGAAGGAGGACACCGGGAGGGGGCCUUAGGGACGUUAUGUGGACAGUGUCAUUUCUGCACCCCACCCCCCGACUCCCGUGGCCACCCCCUGCCAGUCAGAGCCCGCCCAAGGAAGCCCCUUCCUCAGCCGCGAGCGGACAGAGGCGCUCUUGGAUCUUCGGGGUCUUACUGGCCGCGAGGCCCAGCACGGCUGCGGGAAGCCCCCAGCCAGACCCCCGGACGGUAGCUAAGCAACCAGCAGCUCCUGGCCAGGCUGCUGGCACCACUGCUGUUAGUCAGUGAGUGUCCUCACCGUGGCACCAGGCUGGGUCCGUUUCCCUUCCUCCCCUCCCCCUCCCUCCCUCCUCCCCUCCCUCCCUUCCUUCCUUCUUUCCUUCCCUCUUUCCUUCCUUCCUUCCUUCCUUCCUUCCUUCCUUCCUUCCUUCCUUCCUUCCUUCCUUCCUUCCUUCCUUCCUUCCUUCCUUCUUUCCUUCCUUCCUCCCUCCCUCUUUCCUUCCUUCCUUCCCUCCUUCCUUCCUUCUCUCCCUCCUUCCCUCCCUUCCUUCCCUCCUCCCUUCCUUCUUUUCUCCCUUCCUUCCCUCUUCCCUCCCUCCCUCUCUCCUUCCUUCCUUCCUUCCUUCCUUCCUUCCUUCCUUCCUUCCUUCCUUCCUUCCUUCCUUCCUUCCUUCCUUCCUUCCUUCUUUCCUUUCCUUCCUCCCUUUUUUUUUUUUUUUUUGGUUUUUGGGUCACACCCGGCAAUGCACAGGGGUUCCUCCUGGCUCUGCACUCAGGAAUCACUCCUGGCGGUGCUCAGGGGACCCUAUAGGGGUGCCAGGGAUUGGUCCCAGGUCAGCCAUGUACAAGGCAAAUGCCCUCCCCCAUGUACUGUCACUCAGGCCCCCCUCUCCUCCCCUCCCCUCCCCUCUCCUCUCCCCUCCCCUCUCCCCUCCCCUCCCCUCAGACGUGACUGCAUCACCACCUUCUGCCCUACAGAAAUAGGUAGGAGGUCUGGGACAUUUUUUCCCACGACCCAUUUGCAUUCCACCUCAGUGGAGGGUUCUGCAAACAUUCCUUCCACACUGUGUGCUGCUACACACAUGUGAACAAGCACCGCCCCCGAAUCCUCCAGACCCAGCCAUUGCCAGAUGCGUCAUUCCCAUGCCGGCUUCAUUCCCAGGCUACCAAGAUCCCUCCCUGUCGUGUGUGUGUGUGUGUGUGUGUGUGUGUGUGUGUGUGUGUGUGUGUGUGUGUGUGUGUGUGUUUGUGUUUGAGUGUGAGAGGCAGGGUGUGGGGAGAGAGAGAGAUUCCGUUUUGAAAAAAAACACCUAUUUCUACUCAGGUACUCGUUUUUCUGCUAGGGGUUCACCCAUGUCAUUUCUGUCAGAUCCAUUUUCCUCGAAGUGUUGGGAACAAAUCUCACUUCGGCCCUCGUCUCCGAGGGACCCUCGAUAGUUGGAAAUUCCUCUUCUUGGUUCUGUAUUUGUCAUUUCAAACAACAACUCAGAUCAGCUGCUUUCCAUUCCAGAAGUUUCCAUUCGCUUCCAGAAGUUUCCAUGCCCUUCCAGAAGUUUCCAUGCCUUUCCAGACGUUUCCAUGCCCUUCCAGAAGUUUCCAUUCCUUUCCAGAAGUUUCCAUGCCCUUCCAGAAGUUUCCAUUUCCUUCCAGAAGUUUCCAUGCCCUUCCAGAAGUUUCCAUGCUCUUCCAGUUUUACUUAAUUUAUCUUCUAUCAUCCUUAUCCCUGGUCCUUCUCAUGUGCCCCCCUGCCACCAGACCCCCUUUAAUUUCGUUCUACUGCUUUGGGGGCUUGAAGGAUCUUCUCGGACCUCCCUGACUUGGGCUUCCUAUAUUGGAGCUACAGCACAGGCCUGUCACCUGUCCCACGAGCCUCCACCUCGAGGCCCGUCAUCACGGUAGAUGAAGCCUUAUAGUUUGUAGAGCUCUGGAACCUUCCUGGAUGCUGACACCAUCGUGAGGGUUUGGGGUUCCUCCUUCCACUGACUGACUGAGCUACGCCUCAGGUGGCUGUUUGGUAUCACCAGAGACUUAGUUGUAGGCUAGGAACUGACCAACAAUAAACUUUGAUAACCCA